CGCGCCGGGGGGGCGUGGGGAGGCAGGACGGGAGCCUACGCCGCCGGGCCGAAUCGCCACCCCCACCUCAGCCGGGACGGGAAGUGAGUCGCCCGGGUCCCCAGUGCAAGCCAGCCGGAGAGCGGGUCCCGAAGCCGCCUGCACCAGGGCCAAAGCAUGGCGGCCGCCAAGGUGGCUUUAACCAAGAGAGCAGAUCCAGCUGAGCUUAGACCAAUAUUUUUGAAGUAUGCAAGCAUUGAAAAAAAUGGUGAAUUUUUUAUGUCUCCCAAUGACUUUGUCACUCGGUAUCUGAAUAUUUUUGGAGAAAACCAGCCCAACCCAAAGACUGUGGAACUUUUAAGCGGUGUGGUGGAUCAGACCAAAGAUGGGUUAAUAUCCUUCCAAGAGUUUGUAGCAUUUGAAUCUGUUCUGUGUGCUCCCGAUGCCCUGUUUAUGGUGGCUUUCCAGCUGUUUGACAAAACUGGCAAAGGAGAGGUUACUUUUGAGGAUGUUAAGCGAGUGUUUGGACAGACUACAAUUCACCAGCAUAUUCCGUUUAACUGGGAUUCAGAAUUUGUGCAACUACAUUUUGGGAAAGAAAGGCAAAGACACCUUACCUAUGCGGAGUUCACGCAGUUUUUGCUGGAAAUACAGUUGGAGCAUGCGAAGCAAGCCUUUCUGCAACGAGACAGUGGCAAGAACGGAAAAGUCACAGCCAUUGACUUCCGGGACAUCAUGGUCACCAUCCGCCCCCAUGUCCUGACUCCUUUUGUUGAGGAAUGCCUAGUAGCUGCUGCUGGAGGCACCAGAUCCCAUCAAGUUAGUUUCUCCUACUUUAAUGGAUUCAAUUCUCUCCUUAACAACAUGGAGCUCAUCAGGAAGAUCUACAGCACCCUGGCUGGCAACAGGAAAGACGUGGAGGUGACUAAGGAGGAGUUUGCUCUGGCAGCCCAGAAGUUUGGUCAGGUCACACCCAUGGAAGUCGGCAUCUUGUUUCAGUUAGCUGACUUAUAUGAGCCAAGGGGACGCAUGACCUUAGCAGACAUUGAGCGGAUCGCUCCCCUAGAAGAAGGUAUGCUGCCCUUCAACUUGGCUGAGGCCCAGAGGCAGAAGGCCUCGGGAGAUGUGGCUCGGCCUUUUCUUCUUCAGCUCGCAGAGUCAGCCUACAGGUUUGGUCUGGGUUCUAUUGCUGGAGCUGUUGGAGCCACCGCUGUGUAUCCUAUUGAUCUUGUAAAGACUCGAAUGCAGAACCAACGGUCCACUGGCUCCUUUGUGGGGGAGCUCAUGUACAAGAACAGCUUCGACUGUUUCAAGAAGGUGCUCCGCUAUGAAGGCUUCUUUGGCCUGUACAGAGGUUUGCUGCCACAGUUACUGGGAGUUGCCCCAGAGAAGGCCAUAAAACUUACAGUGAAUGAUUUUGUGAGAGAUAAGUUCAUGCACAAGGAUGGCUCAGUCCCACUUUCGGCGGAGAUUUUGGCUGGAGGCUGUGCAGGAGGCUCCCAGGUAAUUUUCACCAAUCCUUUAGAAAUUGUCAAGAUCCGCUUGCAAGUGGCUGGAGAGAUCACCACUGGCCCCAGAGUCAGCGCUCUCUCUGUGGUGCGGGAUCUGGGCUUCUUUGGCAUCUACAAGGGUGCCAAAGCGUGCUUUCUGCGGGACAUUCCCUUCUCGGCCAUCUACUUCCCCUGCUACGCCCACGUGAAGGCUUCCUUUGCGAAUGAAGAUGGGCAGGUCAGCCCGGGAAGCCUGCUCUUAGCUGGUGCUAUAGCCGGUAUGCCUGCAGCAUCUCUAGUGACCCCUGCUGAUGUUAUCAAGACUAGAUUACAGGUGGCCGCUAGAGCUGGCCAGACCACUUACAGCGGUGUGACUGACUGCUUCAGAAAGAUACUGCGGGAAGAAGGCCCAAAAGCUCUGUGGAAGGGAGCUGCUGCUCGUGUCUUCCGGUCCUCGCCACAGUUUGGUGUCACCUUGCUGACUUAUGAGUUGUUACAGCGAUGGUUCUACGUCGAUUUUGGAGGAGUGAAGCCCAUGGGAUCCGAACCAGUUCCAAAAUCCCGGAUCACUCUGCCUGCUCCUAACCCUGACCACGUAGGGGGCUAUAAACUGGCAGUUGCAACAUUUGCAGGGAUUGAAAACAGGUUUGGACUUUACCUACCUCUCUUCAAGCCUUCAGCAUCUACCUCAAACGUGACUGCUGGGGGCCCGUAGGUGGACUGACCUGGGUGUGGCUGUAGAACGGUUGGAACUGCGGGGAGCCCCAUCUCAGAUUGAAGCGUGGCUUCGCCCCUUCCGCAUCUGUCUCAUUUAAAUUCAGGUCAAGGCUUUUUAUAUUAAAUGCAAUCAUUCAUUUUCUGGAUGUUUUUGUACCAAGAUCAUGUGGAAUUAUUCCUAAUUAUUCUUUGGCCCUCUGCCCACAAACCUAUGUUUGUAUCUUUUAUACACUGGGAUUUAGGCAUCACUGACUUGAUCUGGAGCAAGUCUGAAGGGAAAUUAGGGAUGUCUCCUACCUGAAUCAUGGUCUCACUGAGUCUACUGAAAGGCAACCAUGGUUCCUAAAGCGAAGAGUUCUGAGGAUGUUUAAAGAAGUAGAAGGCUGGGAAUAUAUUUAUAAAAAUGAAAAACACUGUAAGAAAAAAAAAAACAAAUAUCUAGCCUGGACUCAAAUUUUAAACAUGCACAAAUUUGGCCUCUGGAUUGUAUUAUGAAGGUUUUAUGUGAAACAUGUUUUUUCAUAAUGAAAGCCACAUUGAGGAUGUUUAGUAAUCAUAUUCUCUUACUCGUACCAAGUCUACUAGGGAAAAGUUUUGAAUGUUAAGGAAGUGCUUUUGGCAUUCUUAGAAUAGAGACAGAAGAAACUGAGACAGUUCUGCUCCUGAGAGUGUUGAUUUUGGAUAAAUGCUUACAUGAUGAACACUUGCUGAUUCCUGCCAAUUUUAACAGACACUAAGAAUAAUACCACCCCCUCGUGCUGGGGCCAGCCUGCUCCCACCUCUAUAGUAGGCGCCCAUUCACCUUUAAAAUCACUUUAUCUUGAUCAUGUCAGACAAAUAUACUCAAAGUUUUUAUUUAAUUUGGGGUGCCUUGUAUCAUGGUCAGAGAUGUGUUUGUGAAGGGGGAAAUAAACUAUUUUUAAAGCUA